UUCUUCUGUUAGGUACUUGCUAAGCUCUUGUGCGUUCAAAAUUUAAAGACUUGUAAAAGCUAAAACGUUAUGUGCUUAAAUUGAAUUUUAGCUGUAUCUGGGUGACAUAUCAGGAACGUGAAUAAAGUGAAAAUACAGCGAAUCGAACGUGGGUGAUGCCUACGCCCUUAAACCAUUUUUGAAUGUCGUUAUAAAUCUUUGAGUUUAAAAGUUUUAACUUUGUUACAAGAAGCUGUGUGUAUUGCUGUUAUUCACACUAUCAUCGAAUAUAAAUCACUGUGAAUUAAAACACUAUGUCGGGAGUAUCUGAAUCACAGCCCAACUCUAGUUACACCAGCCAUGAAAAACGAUUCCUCUUCGGGGCGUUAACACAAGAAGUUAUGAACAUAUCAGAGCAAGAUAACGUCAACACCGAAGAGAACUUAAAGAGACUCGAUGUAAUCAUUGAUACAGUUGUGUCCGAAGCUCCGAAUGUCAACAAUAGUUUGUAUACAGGUGAUUAUUACAUACACUCGAAAGUGUUGAAAGACACCAGCGAGCUCACGAAGCGCUGCACCGAGGGUGUCACUGGAGAAGUUGACAACUAUGAUAAGUUCGCACUCGCCAAUCAUAUUGAGAACUAUCCAGACUUCUGGGAUUUCAUGUUCCCGGGCGAAGUGCCCUCGGUGUCGUACCUAUUUGGCACGUUUGCCCCCACUCCCCUGGAGCAGAGACCCCGUGCCCCACGCAAGAGGGUCGAAAGACAGCGAGCCCGCGAUCUGAAGGCCCCUCAGAAAAUAGUAGCGGUUAAACAGCCUGACGAGGGUUCGGAGAGGGUCAAACAGGUGCUUCGCUUCCUUAAGAAGAACUACAGGUCCGACCCAGUCAGUUAUUUCCAUGUGGUGCUGGACCCCACGUGCUUCACCCGCACCGUUGAGAACAUUUACAACGUGUCGUUCUUGGCUAGAGAUGGCCUUGUGUCCGUCACUUUGGACCAAAGAACCGGUCUGCCUUUUCUAGCCAGGAUUAGUGACGAAAAGAAGCGGCGAGCGGAACCAACCCGCGAGGAGAACCAGUUUAUCGUAUCUAUGGACAUGGAAAGAUGGCAGGAUCUCAUACAAGCGUUUGGUAUACGUGAACCGUUAAUGACAUGGUGAAGUCACAGUUUCCUCGUAAAAACACAACCAAAGCUAUUCAAAACUGUGAUUAUUUAUAUAUAAAUUGUAGUACCUUAUUAAAUUUAAACUGUUAAAUUGUCGUCUAUGUUUUCCUGAAUAAGAUGGAUUUUUAUUUA